AGGUUUUUGUUGUUGUUGUUUUCCCCCGGACCCGCCAUGGAGGUGGCGCUCUUGGCGGGGAAGACCCUAGAGCUCAACCCCGAGCCGCGCCUGCACCCGGACCCAGAAUGGAGCCCUCCGGGAGAAGGCUGUAUUCUCAGCCCCAGAGACUCCGCGCCCGGGCCGAGCCGAGCCGUCCUUUCCCUAAGCAGCCUCCCCCUGGGCUUAGCCCUGGGCCCCUCACUCGCGAGGACACAGCGCAUGGGGAUCUGGUGUGUUGGGGAGCCCCUGCAGCCCGGACUGCACUGGGGGCCGCUGCAAGAGAGCUCUGCUUCUGUGGAGAAGGCCGAGGGAGUGCAACCACGGCUGGAGGAGGACCUGUCACUUGGCCCAGGGGAAGCCAUGUUUGCCUGCGAGCACAGCUCAGGCUGGACCGGCUUGGUGCAGCGAGGCAGGCUGGAGAGUGAGGGAAAUGUGGCCCCAGUCCGCAUCAACAAGAGGCUCCACCUGCAGGUACACGAGGUCGUGCUGCCAGGCUCUGAGCUGCUGCUGUGGCCCUGGGCUUCUCCAGAGGGCCCCAGCCCCUUACAGCCUGGGCUGGAGGAAGAGAAGGCUAUGGUGGCAGUGGCAGAAGUGGAAUCUGCUGUACAACAGGAAGUGGCCUCACCCAGGAAGGCUGCAGCAGAGGGUUCCACAAGUAUGUUUCAAAUGAACGCCCGCUCCCCAGGUAAGCUUGGGUGGAGAGAUCCUGGACGCCUGUUACCCCCCAGUGUCCAGGUAGAGAGUACGCUGAGCCUCGGUCCUAUGCCCCAAACCCAGGAUCAGGGUUCCCAGGAGAGGUGGCUCCCUGGCCCGCUGCUUCCAGGUGACCGGGUGGAUGAGGAGGCCCCGCCCCAGGCACAGACGCCCCCGGAACCUCAGGACCCCGAGAGCUGUGACGUCGCUUUGCCAGAGCGCUCCCAGCUGCCGGCCUUCCCGGAUGAGAAAUGUCCUGUGUCCGGUGAUCAGUGCCCACCGCGAGCCAGGCCCUCAGAGCCUGUGGCCCAACGCCCUGGCUCCCCUGGUCUACGGGGCCCCCCGGGCUCACCAGCAAGCUCCCCGCAGCGGGGACGCCGGUACCGGUGCGCGGAGUGCGGCAAGGCCUUCCUGCAGGCGUGUCACCUGAGGAAGCACGCGUUCGUGCACACGGGCCACAAGCCCUUCCUGUGCCCCGAGUGCGGGAAGGGCUACAGCUCCGAGGAAAGCUUCAAAGCCCACGUGUUGGGCCACCGCGGAGUGCGGCCCUUCCCCUGCCCGCAGUGCAGCAAGGCCUAUGGCACACAGCGCGACCUCCGAGAGCACCAGGUGGUCCACUCGGGCGCCCGGCCCUUCGUGUGUGACCAGUCAGAGCUCCUGCAGCCUGAGCUCGGGCUGGCGGCCGCGCCCCCGGCAGUUUCCAGGGAGCCAGAACCCAGCCCAGGCCCGGUGCUGAUCCAUAAGGACUUGGGCUUUGGUCCCUGGGGGGAGGUGGUAGCACUAGAGACGGGCCCCUGA